AUGGCUAUCAGAGGCGUUGAUUUCAAGUGGUACGAUGGAUUUUUCUUGUCCAUGCUCGCCACCAGCGUAGUUAUUGUUGCAAUUAAUUGGAAGCGUUACCAUUCUUGUACAUACCCAUUGCACAUAUGGAUUGUGGUGGAUUAUACUGCUGUGUUUGUUUUCCGGCUCUUGAUGUUUGUUGAUAAUGGCUUUGCUGCGGGAAUGGGUUUAGAUUUUGGGUGGCAACAAAGAUACGCUCGUUUCUGUGGAAGAGUAGCUGUCCUUUCAAUCCUUGGAUUGCUUCUUUAUCCAUUUCUUUGGGCUUGGACUAUAGUUGGUACCAUGUGGUUCAGCACUGCCAAGAGCUGUUUGCCUGAAGAGGGUCAGAAAUGGGGAUUUCUCAUCUGGUUACUUUUUAGUUACUGUGGACUUCUUUGCAUUGCUUGCAUGUCAGUGGGAAAGUGGUUGACUCGACGACAAGCACACUUAGUGCGUGCCCAACAGGGUAUCCCAGUGUCUGAAUAUGGGAUUUUGGUCGAUAUGAUCCGCGUGCCUGAUUGGGCAUUUGAAGCUGCGGGACAAGAGACAAGAGGCAUGGGCCAAGAUGCUGCUUCUUAUCAUCCAGGACUUUACCUAACACCAGCUCAGAGAGAAGCAGUUGAAGCAUUAAUUCAGGAACUCCCAAAGUUCAUGUUAAAGGCUGUUCCUACUGAUUGCAGUGAAUGCCCCAUCUGCUUAGAAGAGUUCCGAGUUGGGAAUGAGGUUCGAGGCUUGCCUUGUGCACACAAUUUUCAUGUUGAAUGCAUUGACGAGUGGCUCAGGCUGAAUGUCAAAUGUCCUCGGUGCCGUUGUUCAGUGUUCCCAAAUCUUGAUCUUAGUGCCCUGUCCAAUCUCCGUUCAGAUUCUGAGCGAUCUUCUGCCAGUGUUGUGACAACAACUAGAUAUGUGAGAGGCCAACCUUCCAGUCAAAGUUACCUGUUAAGGUUACAGGGACUUCUUCGCCCAGUGCGUGCUGAAAUUGCAGGGCCUGUUGGUGAGUCAGAUAAUGCUUUGCAAAAUGCUGAGAAUGGUGUUGUACCUAUUGUGAUACAAAAUGCACCAAACAGAGUCCAGGUCUCUUCUGUGGAAUGCAUGCCUGUUAAUCAUUCCUCUUCACAAAGUUAG